GAUGAAUGGAUUUGCAUGGUCAAACACCCAAUUGCCCCUCAAAACCUGUUUUUCAUCUUUUCCACCAUAUUUGUGGAGGGUAUCUUUAAGCACACAAAAGUCGAAGGUGCGCACUUGAAAAUGGUCCGUGAAGACCUCCAGAAUAGAGUUGAUCUUCUGCGCAAGCAAGCUGAUAGCUACGAUGACAAGGGACCAGUUAUUGAUGCUGUCGUAUGGCAUGAUGGGGAGCUUUGGAGAGCUGCUUUGGACACACAGAGUCUUGAGGAUGAAUCAGGAUGUGGAAAGCUUGCAGAUUUUGUUCCUUUAACUAAUUACAGGCUUGAACAAAAGCAUGGAGUUUUUAGUAAAUUGGAUGCCUGUACAUGUGUGCUAAAUGUCUACAAUGAAGGGAAUAUUUUAAGUAUCGUGACAGAUAGUUCCCCACAUGCCACACACGUUGCUGGUAUUGCCGCUGCCUUCCACCCGGAGGAACCUUUACUAAAUGGAGUUGCACCUGGAGCACAAAUUGUGUCUUGUAAAAUUGGGGAUUCACGGUUGGGUUCUAUGGAAACAGGAACUGGUUUGACUAGGGCCUUGAUUGCAGCUGUAGAGCAUAAAUGUGAUCUCAUCAAUAUGAGUUACGGAGAACCUACACUGCUGCCAGACUAUGGUCGCUUUGUUGACCUUGUCAAUGAGGUGGUCAACAAACACCGCCUAAUAUUUGUCAGUAGUGCUGGCAAUAAUGGGCCAGCUUUGACUACUGUGGGUGCACCUGGUGGCACCAGUUCAAGCAUAAUUGGAGUAGGUGCAUAUGUUUCUCCAGCUAUGGCUGCUGGUGCUCACUUAUUAGUUGAGCCACCUACUGAAGGCCUUGAAUACACCUGGUCUAGUCGGGGACCCACUGUGGAUGGUGAUCUUGGUGUCUCCAUAAGUGCCCCUGGUGGUGCGGUGGCCCCUGUGCCCACAUGGACCCUUCAAAGACGCAUGUUAAUGAACGGAACAUCAAUGUCAUCUCCUUCUGCUUGUGGAGGUGUGGCUUUAAUCGUCAGUGCUAUGAAGGCGGAAGGUAUUCCUGUUAGUCCAUACACUGUACGGAAGGCUCUUGAAAAUACAUCUAUACCCAUAGGUGCUUUACCAGAAGAAAAAUUAACCGCUGGACAGGGACUCAUGCAAGUUGACAAGGCUUAUGAUUACAUGCAAAAGGUGCAAAAUCUUCCCUGUGUGUGGUAUCAAGUAAAAAUUAAGCAGGCUGGCAUCACAAGCAAACCAACUUCGUCUGCUACGUCUCGAGGCAUCUACCUUAGGGAGCCUUUAUAUUGUCACCAAUCUACAGAGGUGAGAUUAAUGCUCCUUUUUCUCACACUUCUCUAUGACUCCAUUCCAGAUAUCUUUGGAAUUGCUUUUGGCACCAAGGGGCAUGCCAAGUCCUGCCGUUUCUGUAGAGUUUCUCGUCCGAAGAAAAUACAAAUUGAAAGGUUCAUAAAGACUAUCUAUGCUGCUGAUAGCUUAAGCUGCAAACCAUGGAAAUCAGGCCAAAUUGAAAGGAGAUUUAUUGAGGUACCAUUUGGUGCUACCUGGGUGGAGGCCACCAUGAGGACAUAUGGGUUUGAUACGGCUAGAAGAUUCUUCAUAGAUACUGUUCAGCUCUCCCCAUUGCAAAGGCCCAUUAAGUGGGAAAGCGUGGCCACAUUUUCAUCACCUUCAUCCAAAAACUUUGUGUUUCGAGUGGAGGGUGGUCAGACAAUGGAACUAGCAAUAGCCCAAUUUUGGUCCAGCGGCAUAGGCAGUCAUGAAACAACUAUUGUUGAUUUUGAGAUUGCAUUCCGUGGUAUAAAGAUCAGCAAAGAGGAAGUAGUUCUUGAUGGAAGCGAAGCACCUGUGAGGAUUGAUGCUGAAGCUCUUCUGUCAACUGAAAAACUUGUCCCUUCUGCUGUGCUCAACAAGAUAAGAGUUCCGUAUCGACACUGUUGUUUUGCUUUUUUAUUUUUUCAAUUUACUUUGCAGUCAGAGUACCCUAAAUACACUCCUUUGCUUGCUAAAAUACUGGAAGGCGUGCUUUCUCGGAGCAAUAUUGAGGAUAAAUUCCAUCAUUUCACAGAGAUAAUCAGUGCAGCAGACGAGGUUAUUGCUAGCAUCGAUAGAGAUGAAUUGGCAAAAUGUUGUGCCCUCAGAAGUGAUCCAGAAGACGAGGCUACAGAAAAACUGAAGAAGAAGAUGGAGACGACCCGUGACCAGUUAACUGAAGCACUCUACCAGAAGGGAUUGGCUUUGGCUGAGCUUGAAGCAUUGAAGGGUGAAAGCACUGUGGAUAAGGUAGAUAUGUUUGAAGAGAACUUCAAAGAGCUAAAGAAAUGGGUGGAUCUGAAGUCCUCUAAAUAUGGCAUACUUUCAGUUUUCCGUGAGAGGCAUCAUGGGAGACUUGGAACCGCACUUAAGGUUCUAAAUGACAUGAUACAAGAUGAUGGUAACCCACCCAAGAAGAAGUUUUAUGAACUAAAGCUCUCUUUGCUCGAUCAGAUAGGAUGGAGCCACUUGGUGGCAUAUGAGAAACAGUGGAUGCAAGUACGAUUUCCAUCAUCACUACCUCUUUUUUAGUUUUUGUUCAGUGAGCGCACAAAAUUUUAGUAGAAUAUGAGAGAAAGAGAAGAUGUGACGGAGUUCUGCAAAAAAAAAAAAACACUAUUACUUGUGGCGCAGUGCAAUGUUGAUUAAGAUUCUUUCUUUCUUUUCAAUAAUCAUCUAGUUUGUUUUCUUCAGUCCUACUUAAAAGCAGGAUUGCAAGUAUAAACUAUGUAAUUUAAAAUCUAAAUGUUGUAUAAGAUUUGUUUCAUGUGAACUUUUGUUGUGUA